AUGCUUGUUCGAAGCUGUUUGCUUUUUGCUCUGCUUGGGUAUGUAGCGAGCUUUGAGCCACCUACGACUCUUUCCCCAAUGACGUCCCCUACAGUAACUCCGCCUGCAGCAGCCUGCUCAGUUUUGGUGGUUGCAGAUCUAUCAUCGGCGGGCGCUUCUUGGCAUGUUGAACACACGCUAGUUCGAGCCACGGUAGCCGGAAUUUUUGAUGGUGCCAAACAUCGCAGUUUCCCCACCCAAGUUGCCUUCUGGAGGUACAGCAGUGGCCCAGAUGCUGAUGGACCUUUGCCUACAGCUUUCGGGACUGACUAUUACUCGGUGCCGAUUCGCUUCGAGGACAAAGGAGGGGAUUUGAGUGUGGCGAAUGCAACAGCUUCCAUCAACAAUUGGUCGGUGACGAACAGCGUCAUUGCAAUCUUCACCUCCAGCAACAAGAACCAAAUCGUGGCGGCUGGCCAGAACUACUUAAGAAAGGCGCUGACGGUCGGAAUUUCAGAUACCCAGGACGCCUCCCCGUUCGCCGCUGUUGUACUGCACGAGCACGACACGAAUAUGAUCUCGGAUGCAAUUCUGGAUAUGUGCAAGACUUUGAUUCAACAGAAA